AUUUCCCAAUAGUUCACUCCUUCCUUUUCAAUUCUAAAAUCAGAAAAUGAGUCUCAAAAGCAAUAACUUCCUAUCUCUUUUUGUUUCCAUAGUUGCAAUUUUUGCCUCUUUGUAUCUCAUAAAUCCAAAUCCACAUGAGUUCCUCAACAACUUCAAAUACUUAAGUUUCACAAUUAUGACACCAUCAUCUAUAUAUUUGGCAUUGCCUUUAACCUAUAACUUUGGCAUAAGAGACCAUCAUCAUCGACCACACAAAAAACACCCUGAUAGUGGAAAUGCUGAUUCUGUUUGUGAUGAUUUUCCACCAGGAAUUCCACCUCCAAACACUGAUACAAUUUCUUAUUUUUGUGUUGAUCGAAAAGGGUGUUGUAAUUUUACAACAGUACAACAAGCUGUGAAUGCUGUUCCAGAUUUUAGCUUAAAAAGAAAUAUAAUAUGGAUUAACAGUGGCAUCUACUAUGAGAAAGUCAUGGUUCCUAAAACCAAACCCAACAUUACAUUUCAAGGACAAAGCUAUACUUCAACUGCAAUUGCAUGGAAUGAUACUGCAAAGUCCGCCAAUGGAACCUUUUAUAGUGGGUCCGUACAAGUUUUCGCCCCCAACUUCAUUGCUAAGAACAUAAGCUUCAUGAAUUUAGCACCAAUUCCAACUCCUGGGGCUGAAGGAGCACAAGCAGUAGCUAUGAGGAUAUCAGGAGAUCAAGCUGAAUUCAGGGGCUGUGGAUUCUUUGGAGCCCAAGAUACCCUUCAUGAUGAUAAGGGUCGCCAUUACUUCAAAGAUUGCUAUAUCCAAGGUUCCAUUGAUUUCAUAUUUGGUAACGCAAGGUCACUCUAUGAGAAUUGUCAAAUAGUUUCUAUUGCAAAUCCGGUACCUCCAGGACAAAAGAACAUAAACGGUGCGGUCACGGCUCAUGGUAGAGUUUCAAUGGAUGAAAAUACAGGAUAUGCAUUUGUGAACAGUACAAUAGGAGGCAAUGGUAGAAUAUGGUUGGGUCGGGCAUGGAGGCCAUAUUCUCGUGUUGUUUUUGCAUUCACAAUUAUGUCAGACAUCAUUGCCCCUGAAGGUUGGAAUGAUUUCAACGACCCUACUAGAGACCAGACUAUCUUUUAUGGAGAGUACAAUUGUUCUGGGCCCGGGGCUAAUGUAAAUACGAGGGCUCCUUAUGUGCAAAGAUUGAACGAUACACAAGCUUUUCCAUUCCUCAAUGCAAGUUUUAUUGAUGGGGAUCUAUGGUUGGAAACUUAGAAUAAUACAUUAUUUUAGCUAACCCAACACAUGCUAUGACCAUUGCUAACUCCUCUCACAUUUCCAUUAUUUUACUCAUGUAAAAGUUACACAAAUUGUUUAAUCUAAGGGAAAAUUAAGAUCGCCAA